GAAGUUUCGAGUUGGGUAAAAAUGUCAGGGUAGUACGUGUGAGUGAUUUUUUGAUGAGAUUUUUAGCAUUAAUUUUCACCGCUAUGCUGUACAAAAAGUGCCGUAAUCGAGUGAAAUUGUGAUCAAGUGCUGUGGAGUGGUAAAAUCGUGGCGUUCACGGGCACCUGGUGCUCUCCAGAAAGGUGAGAAUGUCGUGCAAAGUUGGCAGUGGAAUUUCUCUGUUGUGUUUGUGCAAAAAAAAAAUACCCACGAAAUUUCAUUUCUCAUCAUCAUUUUUCCACGAAAUAAACCAACUGGAAUUUGUGAUGGAUGGGAUUUGAAUGUGUUUCCGAUAGUGCACCCCUUGAGAAUUAUCUGCGCAUUCCUCCUCUGCCUCCAUUCCCAGUGGGCAAAAGUCUAAAAAUAAAUAUUACGUAGCAAAAAAACGCGAGGAGGAGACGAUCGCAUCGGCAAUUGGAAGACAUUGGGAGGAAGGUGGAGUGGAAAAAGUCGAUCAUACUGCGAUUGCCAGGCAUCCACUGAGGAAAAUUCUUUCCGGAAAGUUGUUCAGAUGCACGUCAGGGCUACCAUUUGACUGCCUCUGGAUUCCCAGAGAGAGAAUUGAGAGUGUCAUUGACAAGUUGUGGGGGCAAUUAUGGCUGCAUCCGGGGAUUCCUCGAUGGAGAACAAUGGAUCAGUGUCUCCCAUUGGGCAGGACUUUGGUUCAUUUGGUGGAUCGGGCAACAACAAUGUGCGCGAGUAUGACUCAAUGAAGGAUCAAUUUGACGAGGCAAUGACCGAGAUAUCGAGUCUCAAGCGUCAGUACAUUGACAGCAAGAGGAGAUGCGAUAGUGCCCAGGAGCGUUUGGAAUACUACCGGGAACAGUAUACAGCUGCCAUGAAUCAACUUGAGACAGCUGUACAAGAGAGUAGCUCCUUGCGUGCCAACUUUGCCAAGAGCAACAGUGAAAAGAUCAGAUUGGAGCAAAAGGUGCACCAUUUGGAGAAAAAACUUGCACGUAUAAUAGAAUCGAUGAAAUUGGAGAAUGGCAAUAGUCAGACGAUUUGUGCGUUCUUGGAGCAGUACAAUGAGUUGAAGAAGAAGUAUGAGCAGAAUAAGGCAGAAUGUGAGAAAUUGUCAAAAGAUGCUGAAUUGUACAAGAAAAAGUGCGAUGAACUCAUUGAUGAGCACAAUAAUUUGGCCAUUGAGAAGGAUGAACUGAAGCAUCAACUGUUGAUGGCUAUUCGACAGUUGGACAGUGUACAGAGGGAGAGGGAUGAAAGAUCGCAGCAAUUGAAGCACAAUGAUGAUGUCAUUAAGGGAUUGAAUCAGGUGCUUGAGUCAAAGUGCAUUGAAUUGAGGAGAUCGACUGAGCAGAGAAAUGCUGCUGAGCAGGAAUUGUCAUUGAUACUGAGUGAGAAGGAUACGGUGUUGAAGGAGAAUCAGAAAUUGUCUGAUGAUUUGGUGAUUGUGGUGAAGAAGUCUACGGAAAUUGAGGCGAGAUUUAAGGAGGAGAAACAGGCGAUGAUUUAUGAGAGUGAGAGAUUGAAGAGUGAUUUGGAGGCAUCAUUGCACUUCCGGGAGGAUUUGAUGAAGGAAUGUGAGGGAUUGAGGCAAAAGGUUGAGGAGCAGACACUUAAAGGGGGUUCGAGUGGUAGUGGGGAGCAUAUGAAGAGGGCUGAUUUUAAGUCAACGUCAAAUGAGAGUUGGAGUAAGGAGCUGACGGAGGAAAAGGAGAAAAUUGCGCAGGAACUGGAGGCGGCUAAUCAGGAGAUUGAGAUUUUGAGGAAGAGUUUGGAUAAGGCAAGAAAUGAGGUGAUUAAAGCCACGCAAGAUACAGAAUUGGCCAAGAGUCGGAGAGAUUGGGCGAUAACGGAGAGGGAGAAAAUUGUCCAGGAGAGGGAUAGUGUGAAGAUUUUGUGUGAUGAGCUGAGAAAGGAGCGUGAUACUGCAAUUUCGGAAUUGCUAGCGGCAAUCCGGGAUAGUGAGAAUAUCAAAAAGCAGAAGGAUGAAGCAUGUAGGGAGAUUGAGCAAUUGAGGGAACAUUUGGAGGCACAACCGACGGUUAGUGCCCCGGCUAGUAGAAAUAGCGCUAGAUGGAGCUGUGCAUCGUACGAUGUGGAACCAUUUCGGAAGAUGGAUACGGAAAUUGUGGAUAUUGAUAUUAGUGGAUUGCCGACAGAUGGCGAAUUGGGUCUUGUCUUGGAUGGUGGAAGGGAUGAUAGUCAAAAUGGUGGUGAAAAUGGCGUGUACGUGGUGUCUGUGAUGAAGGAUUCCGUCGUGGAUGGAAAGCUAAGACCCAAUGAUUGUAUUAUUCAGGUGAAUAAUUUGGAUUGUACGUCGGUUUCCAGGAGAAUUGUCCUGGAAUCAAUAAGACAAAGUGCACCACGGUGUAAAGUUGUCGUGAAGCGUCAAUUGAUGAAUGCUUCGCAUCUCUAUACGGCUACGUUGAACAUGAAAACUGGUCGUUCGCAUGGACUGAGCCUCGAAGGAGGUAUCUAUAUUUCGAAAAUUGAACCUGGUUCACUGGCGGCAAGGGAUAAUAAUCUAGCAAUUGGAGAUCGUAUCAUAAGUAUCAAUAAAAAAGCACUUGAUGCAACAAAAAGUAUCAAUGAUGCUCUGGUCUUUCUCGAAGAGACACGCAAUGAUACACUGGUAAUUGUAGCUCUCAAACAAAUUGGUCAGAUGAAUUCAAACAAUCGUGCACUGAUGUACAACAAAAUGGUGAAUAUUUGUACUCAAACGGACGAACCGCCAACUAGAUUGAGUGAAAAAAGUGGCGGCGGAAAGAGAAGUUCAAUUCCAGUUUCAAAUAUGGAAUUUCCCUUCAAGCCCGUAGCAGCUCCAGCGGCAAAAUCCACAUCCAAGAUCACAGAUCUCAUCAAAAUGACCUUCAGAGGGAAGAGUCAGAAGAGUCCAGUGGAGACCGAAGAGACUCUAACUCAAGAAAAUGAUGCAAUCCUCCUGCUAGAUUCAGUGCUAAACAGUGAGAAUACAUCAAAAUCCAGUGUUCUCAAGAGGUCGUCCAAGAGGAAGAAGGAAUCAAAGGAGAGUAAAAGUAUGGGUACCUGGCCAAGAGCCAAUGUGAUAGCUCAUGAAAAUAUCAAUAGUGGAACAAUUGUGCAGAAUAGAAAAAAAGAACGUCCCGCUUUGACACUCUUCACGGCUGCGUUGCAGUCAAAAGAGGAAAAACACUCAAGUAACAAUCGAAAUGGCGAAGAUUACUUUGAAUCCUAUCCAGCACCAACACCAACAACAACCACAAUCAAAUCUUCAGCUGCUACGAAUCCCAAUAGAAAUUCCAAUCCAAUUCCCUAUCAUGUUCAAUCGCCCCCACCAACAAAUAUCCUCAAUCGCCAUUCAGUUUACCGGAGUAUCGAAAACGAGCCCAUUCUCCCAAUUUCAGCACCGGGGCAACCGUUAAGUGGAUCAGGAGGCGUCAGUACCUACAGCAGAGCUCCCAAGUACCUAGAUUUCGAACGCUAUCAAUCCCAUCAUCAUCAUCAUCAUCCAAACCGAAUGAGCCUGAACUUUACUCCCUCCGACAAUAGUCUCCUCUACAAUCUCAACGAAAAACUCCGUGGCGGAGGAAAUUUGCUACAAAAUCAACAACAGGGACAACAAAAUUCCCUAGAUAUCAUUUCGCUAAAGAGUCAAAAUUCCAUAGAUUCCUUCCUGGCGCCCAAGAGUCCACCGUCACUGGAUCUGCCGACAAAGCCACCAAGUCGCGAAACUGUCGAUUACUAUGCCCUCAAGAAGAUGGCGCGCAAUGUGUCAAAGUAUCCGAGUGACAGUGAGAAUCUCAGUCCGGAUCCAGUGACAAUGAUGGCAGGAAAUACCAGUACAUUGCCAUCAUAUUCGCGUUUCCAGUCAAUCAAUGCACCACCAUCGCGCAAUCAGGCUCUAUUUCCCGUGGCACCUGUUCAUCCACAUCCCCAUCAUCAUCAUGGGUACAGGCAUGUUAGUCCCUUGACACUGCCGGCGACAGCACACUCAACGGACUCAACGGGGCUCCUGGGGGGCGGUGGAAGUAUUCCGGAAAAGUCGGAAUUUGACAGUUACAUGCCCAGCUACCAUCAUUCACACGGGACAUCCAUUGACUAUCAAUACAACAAGCAUCGCUUCCAAGCCACCCGAGAUCGUGAUGACACCCAGACAACCUACUCUUCUGGCUACGAAGGUGGAACCUUUCCACGCAAGAAAGAGACUCCUCGAUUUCGCAUUCCGUCGAAUCCGAGUGUCACGAGUAAAGGUAGUGGAGUGAAGAACAGUACCGGGUCAAUUGAGCAUCACGGUAGCGAACGGGGUUCGCCGAUGCCGACAUUUCAGGUCGAGGUACUGAGUCAUGGAUCCAAUCUCAACAAACGCAACACCAUGACGGACUACUGCUAUGGCCAGAAGCCGAAUCCCGGGGAUUUGCGGCGAGUGACCAUUGACAAGAGUAUGGAACCAUUGGGUAUUACCAUUCAGUGCAAUAACAAUGGCGGUGGUAUCUUUGUGUCCACGGUGACGGAGAACAGUAUUGCCAGUCAAGUGGGCUUGCAGACGGGAGAUCAGCUGCUGGAGGUUUGUGGGCUGAAUAUGCGUUCGGCCACGUACGAAUUGGCAGCCAGUGUCCUGAGGCAGUGUGGCAACUCCAUGACGAUGCUGGUGCAAUACAAUCCAGACAGUAAAUACGACACAGAUGCUGGCCACAGUACAGAUGAAGAUGAGAGUAUCAGUCACUCAGGAUCAUCCACUCCGAGGAAUUCACCGAGUGUGGCCAGGACACUGCAGCUGAGGAAUCAGUCAGCAUCCAAAUCUGCCUCGACGACUCAGCAAUUGAUGCAACGUGGAAUUUUCCCGCCAACUUCCACGGUAUCGUCCACACAGAGCAAGAAAUCGACUUUUUCCGGUGGUCCCGUGGUGAGUCCCACCGUGGAUACGAUGAUCAAGCAGCCGGCAGUGCCAACGGGCGGGAAUGUGUAUCAGGAGGAGCCGAGAAUGUUGAUCAUUGAGACGAAGAAGAAGGCACUGGGAAUCAGUUUUGUGGGUGGGAACAAGACGGGCAUCUUUGUGCAUCGGGUUCAGAGUGAGUCCCUGGGAGAUAAUGCUGGAAUUCGGGUUGGAGAUCAGAUACUGGAAUUCAAUGGCGUGGACCUGAGGGCAGCUACAGCUGAACAGGCCUGGUUGGAGAUUGCAAAGUCCGUGGACAAGGUUUCAGUUGUCGUGCAGCAUAAUAUGCAGAAAUUCGAUCAAAUUGAUCCUGAUCAGGAGAGCAUAGACUCCUUGUACAUCAAAGUGGCAUUCGAUCGAACGGGAGAAGUCGGUGAAUCCGAUUUGCGUUUCGUGAAGGAUGAUGUUCUCUAUGUGGACAAUACAAUGUUCACGGGGAGUCCAGGAUUGUGGCGUGCUUGGACUUUAGAUGAAUAUGGACAUCGUAUUUCCUGUGGCUUGAUUCCGAGUCAAACAAAAGUUGAGGAGGAAUUGCGAUUGCAUCAUGAUACAACUGAUGCUGACAAUACUUCGAGGAGGAGCACAACAUCGGCCAGACGAUCUUUCUUUCGGCGCAAGAAGCAUCAGAGGAGCUCUUCCAGGGACUCCAAGGAACUAGCAAGUUUCAGCAAUACACAAUUGAGUUGGUUUUCUGAUUCAGGAAUGCUCAAUGAUGAAACAACAAUUAACAGCUAUAUUCGAAUGGAGCGAUUGGACUAUCCAUCAUACAGACCCAUUUUGGUGUUGGGUCCUCUGGCUGAGUGCGUCGUCGACAAACUCCAUACGGACUUCCCGAAAGAGUUUGAACGCUGCAAAGUGCAGCCGAUGAACUGUUCGGAGGAGACUCUGGAGAAGAAUUUGCACAAUAAUGUUUACAUUGACUACAGGCGUCGUGGGAAUAUUUUUGAGUGCACUACCAUUCAGGCGAUUAAGGAUGUGCGCGAUAAGAAGCGACACUGUAUCCUGGACAUUUGUAUAUCGGCCGUUGAGAGGCUCCAACGUGUCCAGAUUUAUCCAAUUGUACUGCUACUGCGUUUCCGAUCGGCCAAGCAGAUCAAGGAAGUCAAGGAUUCACGGUACUCCACGGACAAGAUUUCAGCAAAAGCCGCCAAGGAAAUGUACGAACAUGCUCUGAAACUCGAAACGGACUACGGCCAAUUCAUUUCUGCUGUAAUCCCGGCUGGUGUCAAUAUUCAUCACAUGAGUUCCCAAGUGAAGGCUGCAGUUGAGGAUGAGCAGAAGAAAGUGCUUUGGAUUCCCUUUUCUGCCAAUUCGUCAUCACAAUAGAAGAGAAAAGACGGAGAAAAUGUGCCUUGUUGAGAAACUUGAAUGUCUUACUAAAAGUCUUCCACAUUUUACCACAUUUUCUAUCCAAGGUAAAAAGAAUUUUUUUAUGCAGAUUUUACACGUAAGAUAUUGCUGAAUUUGUGAAAAAAAAUCCCUUCAAUGCUAGAAGAAUUUUUUUUGUAACUAAAAAAAAGGCACUUUUGCUAUCUAUUUUUUCCUAUUCAUAUUAUUGAGGUUCAGGGGAUUGUUUUCAUUCACAGUAUUUUUUUUUAUAUUUGACCUAUCAUGCUAUUUUUUUUAGAAAAGUAUCUUGGCAAAAUUUUAUAUACAAUAUAAUUUAUUUGAAGAGAGGGAAAAAAAAGAUGUGGAGUAAUAUUUUAAUGAUAUAAUGAAAACAAUUAUGAAAAAUUGUAGAAGGAAUUUUUAUUGUCUUAUCUCUAUAUUGUUUGUCUAUAUAUUUACAAAAGUAAAAAAAAAAGAAUUAAGAAAAAAACAAAGUGUAAUACAGAGACAUUAGCUUAAAAUUACUGCUAGUUUUUUAAGCUAAAAAAAAAAGAAAGAUUUUAAACUUUUUGAUAAUACAUAUUUUAUGUUUUUUUUCGUAUAUUAUGAAUACACUCUUUUUUUAUUGA